UUAAACGUCAUCAUUGGUCGCUGUGUGACACAUGUAACAUUGCAAAAGCAUUCGUCUCCAAAGUACCGAUAGCUAACGGUAGGUAUUGCUGCCGACUAAUGCUGUAACCCCGGAAAAUUUAGUUCAGGACUUGCCUCUGAGAUCGAGAGAAAAAAGGAAAUCGGAGAAGGGCCUUUUUGCAUGAACUGUGGAAGAUGGACGGACAUGGCACCAUGCCGCCUGCAAUGACAGGAAGCCACAACAUGGAUCACAACAUGGAUCACGACAUGGAUCACUCCAUGCACCAUGGAACUAUGGAUAGUGCAGGGGGCCACAGCGGAGGCCAUGGGGACCACAUGAUGAUGAUGCAAAUGACAUUUUACUUUGGCUGCAAAAAUGUGGAGCUCCUGUUUGCCGGACUUGUUAUCAACACCCCGGGUGAGAUGGCAGGUGCAUGCAUUGGCGUGUUCCUGUUAGCCGUGUUCUACGAAGGACUAAAGAUUGGCAGGGAGUUCCUGCUUAGACGAAACCAGGUGAACGUGCGCUACAACUCUAUGCCAGUCCCUGGCGCUGAUGGAACCAUUCUAAUGGAGACCCACAAAACGGUUGGGCAGCGGAUGAUGAGUCUAGCUCACACGCUUCAGACAGUACUGCACAUCGUCCAGGUGGUGGUCAGCUACUUCCUCAUGCUGGUGUUCAUGACCUACAACGGCUACCUGUGUAUCGCCGUGGCAGCAGGGGCCGGGCUGGGCUACUUCCUGUUCAGCUGGAAGAAGGCAGUGGUGGUAGACAUCACAGAACAUUGUCAUUAGCCCAGAUCCUCCCUUAGUCGCUCCCAACACUCUUACAUACACCAUACACACACACACACACACACACACACACACAGAUACCUUUUGUCAAACAGCGCCACUUAAUUGUCCUUAUAGAAACCCAGCCUUCAAGUGGGCCUUCCUAAUCAACUCUACAAAGUUUCUGGUCUCAUAUUUGAAGUCAGGCCACUUCUUCACAGAGUUUUGGAUUGGUGGUUUUCCACAUCCAUUGUAAGACCCUGGCAUUACCCAGGCUAUUGUUACCAAAUGCGGUCUGCCUUAAUAAGUUGGUCCCUAUGGAUGAAACCACCUUAAAAUCUCUCACCUAUAACUACCAAGGGAGUCACUCUGCUUCUAUAUACUGAAUCCAGUCCCCAUGUCUGUGCUCAGUCACUUCAGUUCUCCAUUUUCCAGCCAUUAGGCUACCGGUCUCAGUCAUCCCAUUAGACACAUUACUGUGACAUUCCCAGGAGGUGCAGUUCUUAAGCUAUCCAGAUCAGUUUCAUGAAUGGCUUUACAAUAUACCCUCUGGUGAAUGCCCCACGCUAACUCAUCACUUCUCACCAGUGAACACAUCUUUGGUCAUGUAGUUUAAGGCUUUUAAGUGGCAUUUGUUAACUACAAGAUUAUUGCUGGAUCACUGGAUAUUCUGUGUAGCUACAGUAUAGCCACACCCACCAUACCUCCAUUCACCAAGGGAUAAUACUCAUCCAUAUGGGAUUGAGGGUGCAGUCUGGGGCUGUGUGACGGAGCCUUAUCUAACCUUUUUGCCUUAAAAUGAGGGAAAAACACACGUCCUGCACCAGGCCAGCUGUAGACUGUCUCACUGUCUACAGGGAAGUGCCAUCCUGUAUUUGCAUCAAUGAACAUAAUAGGGACUUAGCUAUUUUAGAUCUUAUAGAACACUUGUGGCAAAUGUGUAUGGGUCUCUUCCUCUUGUGCAGCUCUUUGCUUUGUGUAUUGAGAGAGGCGGCUGCUGUUGUGAGGCUGGAUCUACUUUUCUGUUGGUGGUAUGGGAAGGGCAAGAGGCAAAUACCAGAAACUGUUUUGUCUUUGGUGGGAACACUAAAGGGGACACACUGCAGGAGAUAGCCAGUAGCCCAGUUAGAUGAACCUCAGUGAGGUAUGAAACAGCAUCUGUAAAAUUUUAAGAAAACAUGUAAAUGAUGUGACAUAAAUUGUAGACAUUGCCAGUAACACAUGUAAUUUAAAUAUUUGUUUUCAGUUAAUUAUGUCACAUGCAACUACAGUGCAGUAAGUAGAGACUGAUCCUCCCCACGAUGACAAUCUGCUACUCACUGACCAAUUAUUUUAUGUUACGUUUUAUGAAGCAAAUCAGCAUUGCAUUGCACAAAAGAUGUGUUGUUUGUGAUCUGACAAAACAUGCCCAAAAGAUUCUGGCUAUUAACAGGAAAUCCACAAGUGAGGGCUUACACUGUGUGCUGUCUACAAUCGGGACUCUUGGUAGGUCAUUCCAAGAAAGGGCAAAAUUCUAUAGUAACAUCAUCAGGGAUCAAAGGGAGAACGGCUUACUGUAGUUGUUCUACGUAACUAGAAAUUCUCCAUGCUUACUCUGUUGGUGCCUAUUUACAUCAAGGAAUUCUGGGAGAGCAGAAGGCUGGUACCAGUGCUUUCCACCGUUUGACUACCAGACCACAGAGUUAGCCCUUUAGAGUGGGUUUAUAAGUGUUCACAGACAUGGAGAUUAUCAGAUAGAAUCUGCCAGUGUAAUAUUUUUAAAUAACUGUUUUAGUUUCUGUUAGUGUAAUUUUAUAAGUUCUGAUGUAAAUUUAGUGAAGUAGAUGUUUGUACUACUUGCCAGAAUGACAUUGUGUCAUGCAGGGCUGGUGGUCAAAUCCCUUAACCCCUGAAACAUUACAAGAGAUUAGACCGUGCUAGGAUAUCAAUUGAGAAAAAUUGAUAGAUGUAAAAUUCUCUUGAUUCUGCACAGAGGUUGAAACGUGUUAAUUUGAAAAGUAGUAUUUCCUUUGCUGCUUAUAAAGAAAACAUCAUGAGAUUGAUCAAGGGCCCAACCAUUUAAAGGGAUUUGCCUGCUACUCCUGUGCAACACCAGUGUGAACAUGUUCUGGACUGUUUACAGUUCACUGUUAUGUAUGUAUAGUUUGACAUCUACUUUGUAAUUGUCUAGAGUGCAUCAAUAAAUGAUAUGUGAUUGAAGAGCA